AAGAACGUAUUUGAGUCAUUUUCAGUCGAAAACCGCUCAAAAAUUGACGAAAAAUGCCGAUUUCGGAGCCAACUUGGGCAGAAUUUCCGUUUUUCUUCAAAUCCGCCGUCGUCGAACUGUUGCCGUACAAAAAUCGCUGCUGCCUCCGAAAAUGCUCAAAACCGAACCAAUUUCUCGUCGAUUCAACUCCAAAUCACCUUCAUGACGUGGCAAUUCAUACCUGCGAGAAUUACACAGUUUUCACGUAUUCCGACUCGCCGGACACCGUCUUUACACUGAAAUACCUCAAGAAUAUCGGCGAAAACGACCUGAAAAUCGAGUAUUCCGAGUCUUCAGUGCUAUUUGUGCCGGGAAAAAAUCAGAAAUUCAUUUUUAAAACUUCAAUCCACGUGGAAAAUGUCGCCGCCGACGCUGAUAGGCCUAUAUAGACCAUAUGAGUAGAUAAAAUUUGGUGAAAAUGGACUACCCGGGCACUGGAGUCAAGCAACCGUAGGUCUCUAUCGACUUAAAUGGCUUCUACUCGUCGAAUUUCGAGCAAUUUGAGCACCCGGACCAGUCAUCUAACGCGCCAAAUUCCGGCUUAAUUUCAAGCCCGACUGGACGAAUUUCAGCUCAGGCUUAUCGUCGUACUAAUGCUGGAGCCGCUGGAAAAUUUAUGGAGAAUAGCGGAUUUGGGUGGCUUUUGGAGGUCAAUGAGGAGGACAGUGACCAGAUUCCACUGCUUACCCAUCUCGUGUAUUUGUCGGUGAUACAUUCUGCUACUGGUCCGGCAUGACACUUGCAGUUGUAUCGAUUUUGGGACACUUCAGCAAGAUUCUGAUGCUCUUCUUCAUUCCACAAAUUAUCAAUUUCCUCUAUUCAAUUCCUCAACUUUUCCAUUUGGUACCGUGUCCACGUCAUCGACUACCGAAAUAUGACCCGAAAACUGAUACAGUCAGUAUGAGCGUCGCUGAAUUCAAGAAAACCGAUUUGAAACGAGUUGGAGCACUUUUUAUUACAAUCUGCAAGUCUAUUGGAAUGCUUCAUGUGAAAGAAGUGGAGAAGGAUGGGGAAAUCUAUCUCCAAAUCAACAAUCUGACAAUCAUCAAUUUGGUGCUGAAAUUCGCCGGACCCCUUCACGAGAAGACCCUCAAUGAUGUGCUAAUGAGCAUUCAAAUUCUGUGCUCAUUACUCGCAUUCUUUAUUAGAUUCUAUCUUGCUUCGUUGUUUUAUGAUGUUGUUGAAUAGACUAUUCUAGUUACUAU